AUGGGAAAGCAAAAGCAACAAGUAAUCUCCCGGUUCUUCGCUCCCAAACCCAAAUCUAGUUCUCCUCCUUCUUCUCCCCGUCCCAACCCUCCCACAUCCACUCACACUUCCACUUCCACUCCCAAAAUCUCUGCCACCGUCACUUUCUCCCCUUCCAAACGCUGCCUUACGUCCCACCUCACACCCCCUCGCAAGCACCAGAAGAUUCUCGAACCUUCUCCCCCUUCACUCCACCAGCGCUUCCUUCACAAGUUUCUCGAACCUUCCUCCCCUCAGCACCCUCCUCUCCCUUCCUCUUCCAAACCCAUAACCUACACUCCUCUCGAACAACAGGUCCUCCACCUCAAAGCCAAACACCCCGAUGUUCUCCUCAUGGUUGAGGUCGGUUACAGGUACCGUUUCUUCGGCCAAGACGCCGAACACGCCGCCAGACUCUUGGGCAUUUACGCGCAUAUGGAUCAUAAUUUCUUAAGUGCUAGCAUACCAACUUUUCGACUGAAUGUUCACGUCAGGAGGCUCGUCAGUGCUGGGUAUAAGGUCGGUGUGGUCCGGCAAACCGAGACCGCCGCCAUCAAGGCCCACGGGUCCAACCGCUCCGCGCCUUUCGGGCGCGGGCUGUCGGCGCUCUACACCAAGGCCACGCUUGAGGCGGCGCCGGAGAUUGGAGGAGGGGAGGACGGAUGUGGUGGAGAGAGUAAUUACUUGCUGUGUGUGGUGGAGAAGAGUGUUGUGGGGGAGAAGGGGAAUUCUGGGGUGGAGGGUGGUGUUGAUGUGAAGAUUGGGAUUGUAGCGGUGGAGAUUUCGACUGGGGAUGUUGUUUAUGGGGAGUUUUGUGAUGGUUUUCUGAGGAGUGCGCUUGAGGCUGUUAUUGUGAACUUGUCUCCGGCUGAGUUGCUUCUUGGGGACCCUCUUUCAAAGCAAACAGAGAAGUUAUUGCUGGAUUUUGCUGGACCUUCCUCAAAUGUUCGUGUGGAGCGUGUUUCACGAGAUUGCUUCACUGAUGGGGGUGCUCUAUCUGAAGUUAUGACCUUGUUUGAGAACAUGCAUUUGGAUAGUCUAUCAGAUUCAAUUGAAAGCAAUGAUUUGACUGAGCACAGAAGUCAGCAGUUAGUAAUCAAGGAGGUGAUGAACAUGCCAGAUUUGUCUGUCCAAGCUUUGGCCUUAACUAUUCGUCAUUUAAAGGAAUUUGGUUUUGAAAGAAUUUUGUGUUCAGGAGCUUCGUUAAGGCCUUUCUCAAACAAUAUGGAAAUGACCCUCUCAGCUAAUACACUUCAACAACUGGAGGUUUUAAAAAAUAACAGUGAUGGAUCGGAGAUUGGUUCCUUGCUGCAAAUUAUGAAUCACACUCUAACUAUAUAUGGUUCCAGACUUCUUAGGCAUUGGGUAUCUCACCCAUUAUGUGAUCGAACCUUAAUUUCUGCUCGACUUCAUGCUGUGUCCGAAAUUGCAGAGUCCAUGGGAUCUUGUAAUGGUACAAAGAAUGCUGGUCAUGUUGAAGAAGAUCUUGAUAUAGCAAUCGUGCAACCUGAGUUAGCACACAUACUUUCAUUGGUUUUGACAAGUCUUGGCCGUGCACCUGAUAUACAACGUGGAAUUACAAGAAUUUUCCAUUGCACUGCUACCCCAUCUGAGUUUGUUGCAGUAAUUCAAGCUAUUUACUCUGCUGGAAAACAGCUACAACAACUUAAAAUAGGAGAGGGGAAUAAUAACACAUUGCGCUCUAAUCUGUUAAAAAAGUUAGUUUUGACUGCUUCCUGUGACAGUACUAUUGCCAAUGCUGCAAGAUUGCUGUCAUCUUUAAACAUAGACUCUGCUGAUCAAGGAGAUCUAACAAAAUUGAUCAUUGCAUCAGAUGGACAAUUUCCAGAGGUCAUUAGAGCUCGUAAAAAUUUCAAGCUGGCAGUGGAACAAUUAGAUUCGCUGAUUGACUUGUAUCGCAAACGGCUUAGAAUGCAAAAUUUGGAAUUUAUCAGUAUUUCUGGAACAACUCAUUUGAUUGAGUUAUCAACUGAUGUUAAGGUUCCUUCAAACUGGGUCAAGGUAAAUAGCACAAAGAAAACAAUUCGGUAUCACCCUCCUGAAGUAGUGACAGCAUUGGACAAGUUUUCGUUAGCAAGAGAGGAGCUCACUGUUGCCUGCCGAGCUGCCUGGAAUAGCUUUCUUAGGGACUUCAGUAAACACUAUGCUGAGUUUCAAGCUGCUGUUCAAGCACUGGCUGCUUUAGAUUGUCUGCAUUCACUUGCCACUCUUUCACGAAAUAAGGGUUUUGUUCGCCCUGUGUUUGUAGAUGAUCAAGAGCCUGUUCAGAUACAAAUUUGUUCUGGUAGACAUCCGGUUUUGGAGACCACCUUACAAGAUAAUUUUGUCCCAAAUGAUACAAACUUGCAUGCAGAUGGAGAGUACUGUCAGAUUGUAACUGGACCCAAUAUGGGUGGAAAAAGUUGCUAUGUUCGCCAGGUGGCUCUGAUUGUUAUAAUGGCUCAGGUUGGUUCCUUUGUACCAGCAUCAUCAGCAAAACUGCAUGUCCUGGAUAGGAUCUAUACCCGAAUGGGUGCUUCUGACAGUAUUCAACAAGGGAGAAGCACCUUCCUAGAAGAACUAAGUGAGACUUCACAUAUACUCCAUUGUUGUACAGAACAUUCACUGGUUAUUAUUGAUGAGCUUGGGAGAGGUACAAGUACACAUGAUGGUAUGGCCCUUGCUCAUUCGACGUUGCAUUAUCUUCUGAAGCAAAAAAGAAGCAUGGUUCUCUUUGUCACUCACUAUCCAAAGAUUGCCAGCCUGGCAACUGAAUUUCCUGGCUCUGUGGCAGCAUACCACAUGUCACAUCUGACUUCACACGAUGCAAGUAAAAAUGCCAACUUGUAUAAUGAUGUCACUUAUCUGUACAAGCUCGUACCUGGUGUUUCAGACAGGAGUUUUGGAUUUAAAGUUGCCCAGCUUGCACAGUUGCCUUCACAUUGCAUCAGUCGAGCCAUUGUCAUGGCUUCCAAAUUAGAAGCACUAGUAAAUAGUAGAAUACAUAGUAGAUCGAGAAAGAAGCUACUAUUGGGUACGCUGGGGAUUGUUCAAGAGCAACAACAGCUUAUGGCUCAACCACAUGAUCGUCCACUCCAAGAGUUUGGUAUAGCUUACAAAGAUUUCUAUUUAAACUUAAAAGCUGCAAUACAAGAUGAUGACUGUGCGAAAAGCUUUCAGCUGUUGGAACAUGCUAGAAGCAUUGCUAAGAAAUUAAUCGGUGGUUGA